GAAAAUAAUGGCUGACAAUAAUAAGGAGGAUGAACUUCGCAAACAAAUUACAUUUUUGUCAAAUUUGAUUGAUUCCCACAAGAGUAAUAAGCAGAAAAUAUCGCAAUUCUCUAAGGCUCCUGGUCCUAUAAAUAUCAAGAAAGACAGAAGAUUCUUUCAAUGGAAAAGCGCCAAUGUUCUUGAUCAAAUGAACUUUAGCAGGAAAGGACUUAAUCACAAUCGAAAUUGUUCAACUGUAUUCUCCAAAAACACAAAAUACCCAUUGACCAGGUCAGAUUUAAAGUUUGAUAAACAAGCAUCAUCGAGAAACUCUUUUCAUCCCAAAAAAUAUUUAUCAACUCCAUCAACUGAAAAAAAUUCCACUUUGAAAGAAUCUGCUUCACUUUCUUUACUGCCCCCAAACAGAACAACAAUGGUAAGAUAUGAUUUAAACAAGCCCAACAUUUUAAACAGUACAAAUGACCCACCAAAAAGUUGUGUGAGAAGAAAAUCCACACUAGGAAAUGCACACAUGAAAAUACUCCAACCAACUUCAUUAUCAUCACCUGUACAGGCUGUGGGCCUGAAUAAUAGCCAUAGAAAAACGUUUGGCAAUCUAAAAAACAGUAUUACUUGGACACAAAAUGCUAUAAAAAAUUACAAAAUGUCAAAAGAGGCAGACAAAAUGUUGUUAUCAAGCCAUAGAAAAGUGGCGAAACAAGAGAGCCCAUCAUCUAGCACCACAAGUAUCAACUCAUUAACUUUUAAAAAACCAACACCUUGUAAAAGUGAACUUUUUGCUAAGGUAAAAUCAAAUCCUAAACACAGCGUUUCAUGGCGUAGAUCUGGACUGAAUAAUAACCAAAUUCAAAGUGUUUCUGUAAGUCCAAACACAAAAUUAGAUAAUCGAAACUAUCCAUUGUUGUCAAAUUCACGAAGUCAAGCAGAAACCAGUGAUAAGUCAAUUUCUUCUACUCAUUCCAAUGAAGUUAUUCCCACAUCUGAAACCAAGAAUUCGAUGUUGAAAGAAUUGAGUGAAAACAAGCGCAAGAAACAAUCAAAAUUUAUCACAGAGCCAAAUCAUUCCAUGAAGAACAACGAUACAACUUCCUCCAGACGAUUAAAUUUUUCAAACUCUAUUGAUACUUUGAACAAGCCAGUUGUUGUUCAAAAAGGUUCGAAACUGAAAUGGAGUCGAAGAACUAAAACGCGCAGUGAGAGUAAUGUUUCACAUUCGACAAUUAAAAAAAAGAAUUUGCCAGUCAAAACUAGCGAAACUCGUGAUACAACACAAUUAAAUUGGAGAAAGAACCAACUGAAGCUUGUUGGUGGUUCUAAAUCAAAACUGUCUCGUAGCAAUCGGUCCAUAAACAAACCAGGAUACAGGCGAAAGCUUCUCAUGAAGAACUCAACGCAAGCGAUUGGUCGUUCGACUUAUACAAGAAAUAAUUUUCCUAAGCGUUCCUGUCUCCAAUGGAGUAAAAUCGUGAAACGUUCUGACAAUUUAAUCGCACCAAAACCAAAGUUCGUUUAUCGUUCAAGAUUUUCCUUAAAGAGACGACGAAGCGGCGAUGAUGCGGCAAUCCAUUCAAAAACGUGCGUUUUGAAAAAACCCAAAAAUGAUGGAUUUAUUGAAAGGCGAAAGAGAUACAUUGCCUCAGCUAGUCAAAAGAAAAAUCUUUACGAAGGAAAGUCAUCAAAAUCUUUGCUAAAUACGAGUGGGAGAGGAAAACUCGCGAGAAAGGUGAAAAUUGGUGAAAGCAUUUAUCUUAUCAGCUCACAUGGGAAGAGCCUUAAAAUGUCUAACUCGUCUAUAAAACCAAAGACGGUUUAUGGACCACAAAAAUCCUCUCUACAUAUUUAUCGUCGUCCAAGUUUUGGUAACGCUUCUAUAAAGUCCCAGAAGAUAGUCUCUAACAUUUUCAAACGACGAAGUUCUUUAGACUCAAACAAAACGCGAACUGCCAAUAAGAUUUUGAGAAGAACGCUGCAAAAUAUCCAAGCUGGAAUGGGCAAGGUUAAAAGAGGAAAGGAAUAUUGCAUGUUUUAUAACAAAUACGGUAAAUGUACAAAACACUCGCAAGGGAUCUGUCCUUACAUACACGAUCCUAGUAAAAUUGCUGUUUGCACAAGAUUUCUUCAAGGGAAAUGUCAGAAAACUGAUGGAAGCUGUCUGUUUUCACAUAAAAUUGACAAGGAUAAAAUGCCUAUUUGUCAAUAUUUUAUAAAAGGAAAAUGCAACAGAGACGACUGUCCAUAUUUGCAUGUAAACGUUGGUUCUCAAGCUCUUGUUUGUGAAGAUUUUCUGAAAGGUUUUUGUCGUUUGGGAUUAAAGUGUAAAAAGAAACACGUGCUACAUUGUGAAGAGUUUGCUGCUACAGGAGAAUGUCAAAACAGGAGAAAUUGUCCACUUCUGCAUCGUAGGAAAACAUUUAUGAAACGCAAACGUAAUGGCAAUAAAGAAAAGACUCAAGAGCGUGACGCUGAAACUUCUGGAGUAAAGAAAUCUCGAAAAAAAAGUAGUAACGGCUUUCUACCACUGGAAGGAUCGUUGUCCAUCGUUAGAGAUUCAUCUCAAUGUGACGGACGCCUCACCGAAAAUAAAGGCGAAGAUGAUACCUUUCUGCAAAUUCGUCCAAAUUUCGCACCAUCUGGGAGUUGAGAUAAAUCACCACAAUCGAGCGAACACGUCAUACGAACAUAUUGCUAUUUUUCGAAAUUUUUGGUUCCCAAAUACCAAGCUUCUAUGCAUUCCACUCUUGUUUUACUUUAAAAGAAAAUUUAAGAAAAGUAUUUGCUUAUUGUUGUAAAUAGUAGAAAUAUAUCAAAUACACAUUUUGCAUAAUAAA